AUGGCUGGAAAUCAACGACAAGCUAUAGUGGACAGUGAUCUAGGAUGGCCGAAUGGUCUGACCAUAGAUUACGAUGAACAGAUGUUAUAUUGGGCUGACGCAAUGAAAGAUCGUAUAGAGAGAUCUAAUAUACAUGGAAUGUACAGAGAGAUAAUAAUACAGACAACUGUACAUCCCUUCUCCUUGACGAUUUAUAAACAGUACAUCUUUUGGACGGAUUGGACGCUCAGAGGUGUUUUCCGCGCGGAGAAACAUACAGGUUCGGAUAUGAAGAUGUUGAUUCAGGGUAUUUCAGCUCGACCAAUGGGAAUAGUUGUUUUCUCUCCAGACAGACAGAAAUGUGAUGAUAAUCCAUGUGCUAAAUUUAACGGGGGUUGUAGUCAUGGAUGUCAUCCGUCGCCGAAAGGAGAACCAGAAUGUUCAUGUCAAGAGGGAAGUGGAUUAGUUCUGGGUAAGGACGGAAAAAUGUGUAUACCAGAGAACCAUAAUUGUACGUCAACACAGUUUGUAUGUGAAAAUGGCCGAUGUUUGAUACAGAGAUGGGUCUGUGAUAUGGAUGAUGACUGUAGAGAUAAUAGUGAUGAGAACCCCAAUCACUGUGCUCUUCACACUUGUGAUCCGACACAUUUUCGUUGUAAUAAUGGCCGCUGUAUUCCUCUCAGAUAUCGUUGUGAUUUCGAUGACGACUGUCGAGAUAAUUCUGAUGAAUUCGAUUGUCCCUACCCUACGUGUGGUCCAGACCAAUUUAGCUGUUUAAAUUUCCGCUGUAUUGAUAAAGGUCAAGUUUGUGACGGGGUUGAUAAUUGUCGAGACGGAAACAAAACAGAUGAAAUGAAUUGUCCUCCGCGAGUUUGUCCCUCCAAUCAAGUGAAAUGUCCUAACACCAAUAUCUGUAUUGUAAGACGGUAUAUGUGUGAUGGAGACGACGACUGCGGAGAUAAUUACGAUGAAAAUCCUCUCUUCUGUAAUCAGGUCACGUGUGCUGCAGGUGAUUUCUACUGUACUGAAACACAUAAAUGUAUUCCUGGAGCUUGGCAUUGUGAUGGAGAAAACGAUUGUGGUUCUAACGAGGAUGAAUCAGAAUACUGCUCGUUUAACAAUCGAACAUGUUUUGGUAACCAGUUUACCUGUGAUAGUGGUAAAUGUAUUUCGUCACGCUGGGUUUGUGACGGUACCGACGAUUGUGGUGAUAACUCUGAUGAAGCCGACACCCUCAAUUGUGAUUAUGCUAGCUGUAGUUCAGGACAGUUUAGCUGUGAUAAUAAAAGAUGUGUACCACAAAGAUGGGUGUGUGAUGGUGAUGAUGACUGUAGAGACAAUUCUGAUGAAAAAGAAAAUGUUUGCCUAACACCAGAACCAACGUGUGCCGGAAAUGAGUUUCGUUGUGACAGUGGAGAUUGUGUAUCUUAUAAUGUCGUCUGCAACAAAAACCCUGAUUGUUCGGACGAAUCUGAUGAAAAACAUUGCCAUAUUGACGAAUGUGAAAAGACAGAGAUUAACCAAUGUGAACACGAAUGCGUCGAUACAUUAACGAGCUUUCACUGUGAAUGUCACACAGGCUAUCGAUUGAUGUCGGACAGAAAGGCGUGUCAAGAUAUCAACGAAUGUACAGACGUGCCAGGGGCUUGUAGUCAGAUCUGCGAGAAUACGGAAGGAAGUUACAAAUGUAAAUGUACAGAAGGUUACCAACGACAAGCAGACGGUAUUUCUUGCAAGAAGAUAGACAAUAUUAAACCAUGGCUAGUAUUCGCUAAUCGUUACUAUGUUAGAGAACUAUCAACAGACGGCCAGAACUACAGAAGAGUCGCCCAAGGGUUUGACAAUGUGGUUGCUCUAGAUUUUGACGUUAAAGAAGAUCGUUUGUAUUUUACGGAUGUCAAGGCUCAUAAGAUUUACCGUAUUUAUCUAAAUGCGUUUAACAAUCGAACAUGUUUUGGUAACCAGUUUACAUGUGAUAGUGGUAAAUGUAUUUCAUCACGCUGGGUUUGCGACGGUACCGACGAUUGUGGUGAUAACUCAGAUGAAGCCGACACCCUCAAUUGUGCUGUGAAAGUCUGCGCUCCAGGACAAUUCCAGUGUAAAAAUAACAACUGUACGUUUGUGUUUCGCGUCUGUGAUUUGCACGACGACUGCGGAGAUGGUAGCGAUGAAGAAAAUUGUAACACAAGACAAUGUGAAUCGUGGCAAUUCAAAUGUAAUAAUUAUAAGUGUAUACCUAAGAAAUGGCAGUGCGAUGGUGAAGACGAUUGCGGGGACGGAUCAGAUGAAUUGUCCCAUUCUUGUGGUAAUUCUACGUGUAGCGUUGGACAGUUUAUGUGUGAUAACAAGCGAUGUAUACCAGCCACGUGGAAAUGUGAUUUCGAUGAUGAUUGUGGUGAUGGCUCUGAUGAAAAAACAUCAUUUAAUUGUGAAUCGCGAUCAUGUUUAACAGGAUGGUGGACCUAA